GUUCACACGAAACUACGACGACGGGAUCAUCCAAAUCCACCACUGUCCGAAACGUCGAUGACUUCGACCAGUGGUCCGUCGAAGCGAGUGCCUGGCAAACGUCCGCCGCGAAAGUCCAUGAUGGCGGCAUGGUGGCUCUUUGGUGGCAACAAAUAUGGACAAGAUGCCGACAACACGCUCGAGAUCUUUGAGCAUGCGCCCACCGUCAAGGUCAAGUCUGUCCGGAUCGACGACGACUGGCCCGUCAAGACUGUCGAGUUUGAAGUCAAGCUACGGUACAAGGACAUUUCACGCGAGAUCUACCUCCCCAAGAGCAACGUGUAUCGGUUGUGGUUUUACAUCAAAGGCCACGGGUACCUCCGCACCCCACCGCCAUCCGCCGCCUCCACAUCAUCACCACCACCACAAACCUCGACCACCAGCAACAACGUACCCGUCGACGACGUCGAGAUGCCCCAGCUGCGCGACUUUUUGUUUGCCACGUCCCAGGCGUCCACGACCCCCGAAAUGAUUUCUCUUCUCGAGACGUACUUGAAUGCGGCGCUGUCGAUUCCCGUCGUCCGGUCGUCGGCGUACGUGCUGUCGCUGCUUCAGAUCAGCGGCGGCACGUUCGACAACGACGCCGGGGGGGUGGUCACGUCACAGCGCGAAGGUUGGCUCAAGGUGCGCAUGUGGCUCAAGGGUAGCCAAGACAACGUCCGGCUGCACCGUGGCACAGUUAUGUGCGACAACGGGUGCUUCAACUGCUUUUGCGUCGUGAAAAAGUACUCGUGGCACACGUCGCAGUGGAGAUGGGUCGCGCUCAAAGACUCGUGCGUGGCCAUCUACGAAUCGAAUCGAGACUUGACCCCGACGGAUGUGUUGCUGUUUGACGGUGGCUUCAAGCUGGAAACGGGGCUUCGGGCCGUGGGGUCGGCCAAGGAGUUUGUCGUCACGACGUCGGCGUUCGUGUUGCACUGCCAAGCGCGGCACAAGAACGAGUGCAUCAAGUGGGCCAACCAGAUCCGGACGGCGGCAGAAGCCAGCGAGUGGACGCAUCAUCGCAACCGCCGCGACGGAUCCUUCGCCAUGCCCCGACCUCACACGUCAUCUCGAGCGCAAUGGUAUGUGGACGGAGAAGACACGUAUGCAGCCAUGUUUGCAGCCAUAAACGCGGCCAAGACGGAGAUUUUCAUUGCCGGAUGGUGGAUCUGCCCCACGACGUCCUUGCUGCGGCCCGCCACCGACGCCUCCCGACUGGAUCUGGUGCUCCAACGGCGAGCCCAAGCUGGCGUCAAGAUUUACAUAUUAAUGUACAAGGAGAUCUCCAUGGCACUGACGUUGGACAGCCAGUAUGCCAAAAAGACACUGCGAAAGCUCCACCACAACAUCCACGUGCUAAGAGAUCCCGAUUUUAUCAUGAAACAACUCGGGUUAUGGUCGCACCAUGAGAAGAUUGUGUGCAUCGAUCAACGUAUGGCGUUCGUCGGGGGGUUGGACUUGUGUUUUGGACGGUGGGACAACGCCCGCCACGACUUGUUUGAGCCCAAGGCCCGUACGUUUCCAGGCAAGGACUACAGCAACCCUCGCAUCAAGGACUUUGUGGACGUCCAUCGCCCCGACAUUGACUUGAUGGAUCGCAACUUGAACCCGCGCAUGCCCUGGCACGACUGCCACUGCAAACUGUUUGGCGAACCCGCCAAGGACGUGGCGCGGCAUUUCAUUCAGCGGUGGAAUUACUCGGUCAGCACGCGGUUCAAAAUGCACCGCUUCCACCACUUGGUACCGGCCACGGGGUGCAAACCCACGGCGUUGUCGAGCAACUUGCCCCCCCACGGCAGAAACUCCAUAAACAACAACACAGGCAACGCGUUGUGUGUCUUGGGGUUCAGUGAAUCUACCUCCGCCACCACAAUGCCUCCAGCCUUGGUGUCGUCUACAGACACUGGCACAGUGGAAGGCAUAGCUUUAACUAAAAGAAGUGACGCUGGCACCACAGACCUACUCGAUGACGAGGUGCAAACGUCAGCGUUGGACGAGAACCGUGCCAGCGAUGACGUGGCAGAAGGAUUUGCGUGCAAUUGCCAGAUCGUCCGGAGCUUGUCCAUGUGGUCGGGGGGAUGCCGCACCGAGAAGAGCAUCCAAAACGCCUACAUUCGACUCAUCAAUGACGCGCGUUACUUUGUGUACAUCGAGAACCAAUUCUUUGUGUCGAGUAUGCAAGGCGACCCGCUGUGCCAGAACCUGAUUGCAAAUGCCCUCGUGAGCCGCAUCCUCCGCGCGCAUGCCGCCAACCAACCGUUCCGGGUCAUGGUGGUCCUGCCGCUGUUGCCAGCGUUCCAGGGCAAACCGACUGAGAAGGAGGCGUACAGUCUUCGUGGGGUCAUGCAUUGGCAGUACCGAAGCAUAUGUCGUGGAGAAGGGUCGAUUUACCAUCAACUGAAUGCGGCGGGGAUUCCCAAUGCGUUCGAGUACAUUGCGUUCUUUGCACUGCGCACGCAUGCCGUGCACGACGGCAUGCCCCACACAGAACAAGUGUACAUCCACAGCAAGAUCAUGAUUGUCGACGAUCGCAUCAGUGUCAUUGGCAGUGCCAACAUCAACGAACGAAGCAUGUCGGGCGAUCGCGACUCGGAGAUUGCCGCCGUGAUCGAAGACGUCGAGUGGGUGCCCAAUGUCACGUUGAGUGGCGCGGCGGUGGGCAAGUUCAGCCAUUCGUUCCGGAUGCGGUUGUUUGAAGAGCAUUUUGGAUUGGAAAGUGGGGGCAUCGGGCUGUCGUAUCGCGAGGAUCCGACGGCCGCCCCUGCGUGGAUGGCGCUGCGGCAGCACGCGAUGGCCAACACCAACAUCUACGAAGCAGUCUUUGGCUGCCUUCCCGCCGACAGCAUCCGAUCCUUUCGAGACAUGGGCGUGGAUUUUGUGGCAGACAGCGUGCACCAUCCGUCGGGGCGGUUCAGUCAGAUGCAGCAUCGACCGUCGUCGCAGGAAGCUCAUGAUUCUACUUCCGACCCACCUGGGUCAUCUCCUCCUACAUUGGCCCCACAAGACAACCACGGCGAUGACGGACGGGUUGGAGUUGUUGCUGUGGUCGCCGGUGGUGGUGGCAAUGAUGAGGUUAAAUCUCACGAGUCGGGGGCGGGGAAACGAGCCGGCAACGGACGAUCCAUGAGCAAACGGGAGCAAGAAGCUCAUAGCAACGCCGUCUUUACCAAUGCCAUGCGGGCCUUUCGACGCGAGCAGACAGUGACCAAGGACCUGCGGCUCCGCUUGGAACACGUCCGCGGCCACAUCGUGUACUUUCCCCUGCGGUUCCUCGAACACGAAGACCUCGAGCCCAAGUUGGUGCCCACGGAGCUGCUUCAGUAACGAAGUUAACGUCCAAAUACAUGUCCAUCGAUACUGUACACGGUGUGUACGUCGUUCUGGUCGCCAAAUUCAACGUGUCCAGACCACGGUGUGGUGCAC